AUGUCCUACGUUGUUCCAAUCCACCGGCCGAGCGGUGUGAGGCAUGCGAUCAAGCUCAAUUUCCUCGAGCCGAACGUGGACACUCUGGUCAUCGCGAAGGCCAACCGCCUAGAGAUCUACGAGCAGGGAGCCGAAGGCCUCACCCUGCUGCAUGCAAAGACCGUCUACGGAUACAUCACAAUUCUCGAGAAAUUCAGGCCGUGCUCCUCUAGAACAGACCACCUCUUCGUCGGCACCGAUCGCUAUCAGUAUUUCACGUGUUCAUGGGAUUCCACAACGAAGCAGCUACACACCGAGCAGAGCUAUGUUGACCUGGCAGAUAAAGUUCUCCGGGACUCAAGAGAACUGGACAGGUGCCACAUUGACCCAACAGGACGAUUCAUGACCCUGGAACUGUACGAUGGCGUGGUCACCGUGCUGCCCUUUGUGCAGCCCUCCACCAAACGAGUGAAGAGGGAGAGUGCUUCGAAUACAGUUGGAAGACUGGGGGAGCCAGUUCAAGUCAGGAUCGAAGAGCUGUUGACUAGAUCGUCUGCCUUUUUGGAAACCGACCCUGACAGUAAGGAAAACCCGAAAUUGGCGAUACUGUGGGAGGACAACCAGGAGAACCCACAAUUGAAGAUUCGAGAACUCAAAUACUAUCCCGGCGGCGAACAAGCGACUGCUGAUCUGGAAACCGUUGCUGAACUGAAUGGCGACCAGCUGGACAAAGGAGUCAGCCAUCUAAUACCCGUCGCCGCCCCUUAUGCAGGGUUUCUCAUCCUCGGAGAUCAUGCAAUCCGUUAUGUUGAUCGCGACAUGAACAAUGUCAUCACACAGCCGUUGGACGAUAACGCGACGAUAUGGACGUGUUGGACGAAGAUCGAUGAGCAGAGAUUCCUGCUAGCAGACGACUUUGGCCGGCUGUUCUUCCUGAUGAUCGAAGUGAGCGAUUUUGAAGUCUCCUCUUGGCGGCUGGAUCCUGUUGGCGAGGCUUCAAAGGCUGCGUGUCUCGUCUAUCUGGAUGAAGGAUACGUCUUUGUCGGUUCUCACUCGGGUGACUCACAGGUGGUGCAUAUCGAGGAAGGUGGAGUACGAGUUGUGCAAACUUUCCCUAAUAUUGCUCCCAUUCUAGACUUUACAAUCAUGGAUCUCGGCCGUGGCGCAGAAGGUUCUCAGUCGCUUGAAUUCUCUUCUGGCCAAGCACGGAUUGUGGCAGCAUCUGGCGCAUGGCAGGAUGGCACAAUACGCAGUGUUCGGAGUGGCGUUGGGUUAGAGGAACUCGGGACAAUUGGUGAAUUGGCUCAUGUCACAGAUCUAUGGGGCUUGAGUUCAACCGGUGAGAGCGAUAUACACGAUACUCUUCUUGUUUCUUUCGUGACAGAAACGAGGAUCUUCAAGUUCGAUGCCGAAGCCGCAGUCGAGGAAGUGGACGAAUUCCAACAUCUGGACUUUACACAACCAACCCUUUUCGCGACAAAUCUACCUGACCGCAAACUCGCACAGGUCUGCGAGGGCGGACUACGGAUCACAGAUCUCGAGUCUGGCAUGCUUACGCUCGACUGGAAACCUCGGGAUGCGGCGGCAAAGAUCACGGCUGCAUGUGCAAAUUCAGUGCACCUGCUUGUGGUCGAGGGUGGCCAUACGUUACACGUCUUCCAUUCGGCAAACAGCGACUCGAAACCGACAGUGUCAAGGACGCUCCCGCUUGAUUCACAAAUAGCUAGCGUCACCGUGCCUGACUCUCAGUGCAACGUGUGUAUUGUGUCCUUCUGGCAGACAGCGACUGUUGCCGUACUUGACCUCCAUUCCCUCGAAGUCCUGCACACUCAGAGUGUAGGAACGCCUGGGAAGGACAUCCCGCGUUCGUUACUUGUUGCAAACGUCCUUCGCGAGGCGUCGCCGACAUUGUUCGUCGCCAUGGCAGACGGCACUGUAUUGACAUAUUCCUUCGACACUGGCAGGAAUUCGCUUUCUGGUAUGACGAGGAUACUCCUUGGAACGGAGCCUGCUUUUUUCAAACAACUCCUGAAAGAUCCUGGAUCUGGAUCGGGGUUAUCGAAUGUUUUCGCGUCUUGCGAGCAACCAUCACUCAUUUACAGCUCAGAGGGACGCAUAGUGUACUCGGCAGUCAACGCCGAGAGUGCGUCAAGAGUGUGCGAUUUCAAUAGUGAGGCAUACCCUGGCGCUAUUGCGAUUGCAACGCCAAACGAACUCAAACUAGCGAUGAUAGGAAGAGAACGGACGACCCAAUUGCAGACUCUGCCUAUCGGAGAGACGGUACGCUGUCUCACAUACGACGCCAAUGCUAAGCUGUUUGCAAUGGGCUGUGUUCGCAGAAUUAUGGAAAGCGGAACGGAAGCGCUGCUCUCGGCGGUCAAGAUUGCGGAUGAAGUAAGUUUCCGCGAGUUGGACUCGAUGGAGUUGCAGGAUCGAGAGUUGGUCGAGUGUAUCGUCUCGACUGGCAGCUUCGACACCGAAGACACGAGUCUGGGCGAGAUGUUUGUCGUCGGCACGAGUAUACUCGAAGAAGAUGGCCUGGGCGGUGAGGACGUCAUGAGGGGACGAAUCAUUGUGUAUGAGGUCAACAAGGAAAAGAAGUUGAAAUUGGUCACUCAGAUCAAUCUCAAGGGAGCUUGCCGCAGUCUAGCCAUGUGCGAUGGCAAGAUUGUGGCAGGUCUGGUGAAAACUGUGGUCCUUUAUGGCCUCGUACCAUCUUCUAGCAGAGGUGGUAGUUUGCUGGAGCUAUCCAAGUUAGCCACAUACCGUACGUCGACGAACCCGCUAUCACUGGCCGUGACACCCGCCACGCAGGAUGCACCUGCUCAGAUCGCGGUGGCAGAUUUGAUGAAGUCGCUUUCCAUUCUGCAAGUCAUUCCUCCAAACCCCGACAACUUUGAGUACAGUCUUCGCGAAACGGGAAGACACUUUGCCACCCUGUGGUCCUCGGCGACGGCAGUGAUUGCGGAGAACGAAUGGGUCGUGGCAGACAUGGAAGGAAAUCUGAUAACACUCCGUCAGGGCCAGGGGUUGCAGGAUACCGAAGGAGACAACUCCCGUCGACGCCUCGAAGUGACGGGUGAAUUCCGACUGGGCGAGGUGGUCAACAAGAUUGUUCCAAUCUCAUCGACACCGGCACCUGCUCAGCAACAGAAGGGCAAAGCGAACAGCGAGAAUAAUAACAACAACGGUAACAACAGUAAUGGUAACAGCAACUCAGCCUCAGCCUCAGCAGCAGCCGACACGGCCGGCUUGGAUCCGAAGGUGACACCUCGGACGGGUCCCCUCGUCACGCCCCGCGCGUUUCUGGCGACGGUCGAAGGGGCGAUUUACAUGCUCGCGACCAUCAACCCAGCCUACGUCAACGUGCUGUUGCUGUUGCAGUCGGCGCUGGCCGGCCGGGUCCAGGCGCCGGGGUACAUGCCCUGGACCAAGUUCCGGGCGUGGAAGACGGAGGUCGCGGAGAAAGACGAGCCGUUCCGCGUCGUGGACGGGGAAAUGGUCGAGCAGGGGCUGUUGGCCCUCGGUGACGGCGAGCUCGAGACCGUCUUGAGAGAAGGCGGGCUCAUGGAGGACAACGUCCAAGUGAGCGUCGAGGAGGCCAGAGCUUGGGGUGACGAGUUGAGGAGGUUGUACUGA